ACAACUAAACACAACAAACUAAAUAUUACCCGCUUUUUACAAUACGAAAAUAUAUAAUAACAAUGGAGAAAACUACUUUCAACAAUGAAAUGCGUGAAGCUUUUGAAAGUGUUCGCAUGCUUAAAGAAGCAAAGAACCAAGAGGAAUUUAGCAAAGUCAUGGACGCUAUAUACGCUACAACUGACGGAUAUCUAAACGCAAUGAUUUCAACAGUUAUAGAGAAGAAACAAACAUUGCUCAGGAAUUUGGAGGAGUUGACAAAUGAAGAACUCGAGCAAAUGGAAAUUUCAGAACCCGCACCGGAAACAAAUAAGCGCAGAGCCGCACCGCAUGACUAUAGCAGCUUCGAUGGUUAUUGCAACCUUGUGCUCGCGACACUUUCAGAUAAACCGCCUAUUAUGCAUGUGCCGUUUUUGUCUCAUAGCUUCGAUGACACUGAUGAGGACCAACUGGAUGACGAUGAUAAUGAUAGACUAAUAAUUGACGAAUCUACUCAACAGGAACCUCUCAAUAAUGAUGAUGUGAUUAUAAUUGAAGAAUUGUCUGAAGACGAACCUCAUGAGAAUGAUGAUAUGCUCAUAAUUGACGAAUCUAGUCAAGAGGAAUCUCAUGGGGAUAGUGAGGUGAAUAGUGACAGUCAGUCAGUGCCAAGGGACAGCGGUGUAGAGAUUGCGUCUUCAGAGACAGAGUCAGAAAGCGUGAACGGUGAAAUAAUUGAAACUGUAAGAACCCCAAGUUUACCGGAAUCAGUUGCGCAGCUACCAGAGCAAAAUCAAAGUUUGAGCAAUGAAGCAAAUGACACUGUAAGAACCCCUAGUUUACCCGCAACACUUGAGGAGCUACCAGAUGAAGAUGAAACCUCUGAGUUUAUUACGAUUGGCCCGAAUGGCACACGGGUCUUGAGAACAGAGUUCAACAACAUAUCUUGGGAUUCGGACAGCAUCAGUACCAGAAACCUUCUCAACAUAAUAUUUGGUGAAGAUAUGUUGGCAACACAUACACUCAGCGGCAAGCCAUCUCCAGCUUUUAAAGGCCGGGAGCGACCAGCCAAAGGGCAGCUGGAUAUCAACAAAAUAGAUGAUUUGACUCAUUGUGUGAUGCAGAAGACAGGUUGCAGUGAGCGCGACGUACGCACUACAAUUACUACCAAGUGCGCAGACAUCGCCAAGAAAUAUMGGAAAAGGAAUAUCAAUAUCAGCUAUACGGACUUAAACUAGGAAUAAUAUGUAGGAUUUCAUACAUGUACGAUUUAUUUAGUAUUAAAGAAUUGAGUUUUAACUAGGGUCASAUUAUAUAUCAAAUAUAAAAAAAUAUAUUGAGUA